UCCCCUCCCGCCCCGAAUCCUGGUGCCCGGUGCCCCAGGGGCGGUCCAGCGGACCCUCGAUGGCGCAUAAAACCUCUGGUCACCUGCUGGGCUGUUCCUCCGUGUGCCGUGUGCCGCCGUCCGUUUGUCGCCGUCCGAGGCCCGCCGUGCCCUGCGGCCUGCGUUCCCGGAGUCGCCGCCGCCUCUGUCGCCAGCCCCGUCCGGUUUAGGCGCGGAGUCCCGAGCGCACCGCGUGGGCACCCGGGUGCACAGACAUGGGCAGAAGCGCCAGAGCGCGCUGGGCGGUCGUGGCGCUGGGCUGCGCGGGGCUGCUGUGCGCUGUGUUGGGUGCCGUCAUGAUCCUGGCGGUGCCUUCAAUCAUAAAGCUGCAGGUCUACAAGAACGUGCGCAUCGACCCCAGCAGCCUGUCCUUCAACAUGUGGAAGGACAUCCCCGUGCCCUUCUACAUGUCCGUCUACUUCUUCGACAUCGUCAACCCCAGCGCCAUCCUGAAGGGCCAGAAGCCGCAGGUGCGGGAGCGCGGGCCCUACGUGUACAGGGAGUACCGGCACAAGACCAACAUCACCUUCAACGACAACGACACGGUGUCCUUCCUCGAGUUCCGCAACUUCAAGUUCCAGCCCGACAAGUCCAACGGCCUGGAGAGCGACUACAUCGUCAUGCCCAACAUCCUGGUCCUGAGUGCCGCGAUGAUGCUGGAGCAUAAGCACAUGAGCCUGAAGCUGUUCAUGACCUUGGCGUUCUCGACCCUCGGCCAGCGCGCCUUCAUGAACCGCACGGUGGGCGAGAUCAUGUGGGGCUACGACGACCCCCUCGUGAACUUGAUCAAUCAGUACUUACCAAACAUGCUGCCUGUGAAGGGCAAGUUCGGGCUGUUUUCUGAGCUCAACAACUCCGAUUCCGGGCUCUUCACCGUGUUCACCGGGAUCCAAAACUUCAGCCGCAUCCACCUUGUGGACAGGUGGAACGGGCUCAGUAAGGUCAACUUCUGGCACUCGGACCAGUGCAACAUGAUCAACGGGACGUCCGGGCAGAUGUGGGCGCCGUUCAUGACCCCCGAGUCCUCGCUGGAGUUCUACAGCCCGGACGCCUGCCGGUCCAUGAAGCUCGUCUACCAGGAGGCGGGGGUGUUCUCGGGCAUCCCCAUCUACCGCUUCACGGCCCCGGACACCCUGUUCGCCAACGGGUCCGUCUACCCGCCCAACGAGGGCUUCUGCCCGUGCCUGCAGUCGGGGAUCCAGAAUGUCAGCACCUGCAGGUUAAAUGCGCCCUUGUUCCUCUCCCACCCGCACUUCUACAACGCCGACCCGGCCCUGGCCGACGCGGUCAUCGGCCUGCACCCCGACGAGAGAGAGCACUCCUUGUUCCUGGACGUCCACCCGGUCACGGGGAUCCCCAUGAACUGCUCCGUGAAGCUGCAGCUCAGCCUCUACAUCAAGGCCAUCAAAGGCAUCGGGCAAACUGGGAAGAUUGCGCCGGUGGUCUUGCCGCUGAUGUGGUUUGAGGAGAGAGGAGCCAUGGAGGGCGACACGCUCCGGACGUUCUACACCCAGCUGGUGCUGAUGCCCAAGGUGCUGCACUACGCCCAGUACGUCCUGCUCGCCCUGGGCGGCGUCCUGCUGCUGGCGCCUGUCAUCUACCAGAUCUGGAGCCAAGAGAGAUGCUAUUUAUUUUGGAGUAGUGAUAAAAAGGGCCCCAAGAAUAAGGAGGCCAUGCAGGCCUACUCUGAAUCCCUGAUGACCCCCGCCGCCAAGGGCACGGUGCUGCAAGAAGCAAGGCUGUAGGGUCGGGAAGAUGCCGAGAGCCCGCCCAGCCCUGCUGCCCCGCCAGGCCGGCUCCCCAGCCCCUACACCCCGCUUCUUCAGGACCCCCCAGCCGGCAGCCCGCCUGCCCCACCGCCUGAGCCUCCGGGUUGCCUCACACGCACGUCCGCACGCUGCACACGCCCCCGGCACGUGUAAGCACACGCGUGCGCAGGUGUACACACACACUCAGGGAUGGAGAUGCUGCCCAGGGGAAUCAAAGAAAGAGACUCGCCAACAGGACUGUUCUGGAACCUUCUGUCCCAGGCACCCACAGGCCCGUGGGCCUUGGGUCCUCUCUCUGGGGCGAGCCUGUUCAGCCCUGGGACCGCCUCUCCCCAGCGGCCACGCCAUCGGUCUGGAGACACUGCAGCCCCUGGGCGCAGCCAGAGCCAGUGGGCAGGGGCCAUGGGUUCAGGGCCCGGCUGGACCCAGAGCUUGGGCCUCUCUGCAGCCCCCCGGGCUGGGGUACAGCCCCUUCCUCAGGUCCCAGAAACCAGCGUGAGGGAGGGGACGCCCCGGCGGUCUCUCCAGCCCCUGCGGGACUCUGGGGCCCUUGCCUGUGGCCAAACUGACAUCUGCCCGUCUGCUGAGCCAGCCACUCCCUGGCUGGGGUGGCGGGAGGCUCUGCCCCGAGCAGCCCCUGACCAGGGCCCUCCUCUCCAAGGUGCCGGGCCAGAGGCGGGGAGUUCUGGUCUCCGGGGCGAGCCUCUGUCUCUUUUCUACUGGAAGAAACAUGAGUUGUAUCAUCUUUUAAAAAUAAGUCACUAUGUAAGUAAUAAACUUUUUUAAAA